UAUGUUUCAUUUUUUAAACAACCAGCAAUAAAUCCAUGUUUCUGUUCAUUUUUGCUCAUCAAUUUUUGUUGUUUUCAUGAUGAUCAUCAAGCAAAUUUCGUCUCGCAAUUGAUAAUGUAAUAAGAAGUGUGUGUUUCUGAUGUUUCCUUUUUUUUGCUUUCUUGCUUAGCUUGUGUUGUAGUUGUUAAUUUAUUUUUCACCAUUUCUGUUUUAUAUCUUCUGUUUGCCUUCUGCUUCUCAUUCCACUUUUUGUUUGUUUCACUCUUCUUGAAACCAUUUUUUUUCAUCAUUCAUUCAAAGGAACUUAUUGACAAUUAGUUACUUUUUUUAAUUUUUGUCCAUGAUGAUGAUGAUGUGUAAAUUGUUGAAACAAUCAUCAUUCACUAAUGAACCUCAACCGGACGUUAUUUGUGGUAAAACCUGUUAUGAUUUACCAGUUAAAAACAUUGAACCAUUAUCAAGCCGAUUAGUUUCAGCCUACACUGGACCUGGAUCUGGAUUAACAUCUGUAAAUGUUGAUAGUCGAUCGAAAGCUUUUCAAGUUUCUCCUGAAAAUGAUGUUGCUUUUAUCGAUGAAGAAGAUGAAGAUGGGUGUUUAUCAUCGAGUAUUAACAAUAUCUCAUCAGAGCCCGCCAUUGAUAGCAAAAAAUCUGCCCCACAUACUUCAUCAAAAUACAGUUAUUAUAUGUCAAAAAACAAGAAUGAUAACAAAUGUCACAAACUGCCAAACGAAACAUCAUCAUCAUUAUCAAAAUCAUCAACCAAAGAAACAUCAGAAUCAUCUUCAACAACCAACUUAACUUCUAAUUCAAUAUCAUCGACAACACCUUCAACUACAAGCAUAUCAUCUUUAGACGAGAUUGCUGGUGUUGAUAAUUGGAAGUGUCCUACUGAAAAUGCUUUUGGAUUAGCAACAUCGCUUUACGAAAGUCAUCCAACAACGAGCGAACGAGCUGGUGAACCCAUUGCUGACUCAUUUGGUAUUUGUGUUCGUGAAAAUUCUGCUAUUCUCGCUUUAGCUGAUGGUGUUAACUGGGGUGAAGGAGCUUGUAUCGCAGCUCGUAGUGCAAUUCAUGGUGCAAUUGAAUACCUCAACAAAGCAUUGUACCGUGAAGGCAGUGGAAAAAUGGCCAAUACAAUGGACAUUUUCGUGUGUUUGUUAAGAUCUUUCUCUGCUGCCCAUAGCAUGAUACUCCAAGAAAAUGGAAAAUUAACUACUCUGACCGUUGCCAUUAUUGUCCAGCUGAAAAAUUCAGAUAAAUUCAUAGUCUGCUCCUGCAAUGUUGGGGACAGUUUUGCUUAUGUAUACUCUAAAAAGCAUGGCGUUCGCGAAAUAACUCAAGGAUCACACGAUAUUUUUUCAAUGAGAGAUAUGAGAUCAGCAUUGGGAGCACUUGGACCUGUUGAUGGUACCAAUCCUGAACUUAAUAAUCUAACUGUUGCCAUGACUAUUGUUGAACAAGGUGAUAUUGUAUUCCUGGCUAGUGACGGAAUUUCAGAUAAUUUUGACCCAGUUGUGGGUAAAUUUGCGUUACCAAAGAAAACAGAUUCCGGUAAAAAGCACAAUAAUAACGAUGAAUACAUAAAGAACUCUGAACAACACCAACAACAAAAUAACAAUAAGGCCAAUAUGCUGAGCAGUAAUAAAACGCCUGAAAAAGUUGCCACCAAAAACAAGAAAAAUUCAAAAUUAUUCUGCUCCAGGAGUAACAGUGUUAAAUCACCUUCAACUCAACUGACAACAACAACCGGACCCACAUCAAAUCACAGAUCUAGACGUAAAAGCGAAGGAUUGAUCUCAAGAAUUGCAGAGGAUCUUAAAUUAUCAUCGUCUGACAAAAGUUCACGAAAUGGCCAUGAUCAUAAUCAUCAUUCUCACCAUCAUUCAAAUGGCAAUAGUCAUCAUAAUUACCACAACAAUAAUACGUCGUCUUCAAAAAAAUCCUCCAAUAUUAUGAGCAAAAGUAGUAAAGACAAUAAUAGCAAUAAUAGUAAACUUAAGAGGUGUAACUCAAUGAGCGAUCGAUCUCAAAGUUCAUUACCCAUAGUUACAGCUGUUCAAAGGCAUGAAUUAACAUUAUUAAGGAUGGAGGAUAUUAUUCGAAAUGGUUUUAAUCAAUCAGUUAAACAAUCUUGUACAACAGCCAAACAACUAUGUGAAUUAAUGGUAGAAUGGGCAACCAAACUGACCACGGCCAAAAGACGUAUACUCGAAGACCCUGACUUGUAUGAUGAAACUGACAACUCAUUUGAACACUCUGAUCAAAGAUCACGUCGUCGUCAGGUUGGUGAUAAAUUAGCAAUGGUUCCUGGUAAAUUAGAUCAUGCUUCCAUUGUUGCCUGUAAAGUGUCCUUUUAUGGAGACUAUUGUAAUAAACGUUACAUUUCGGACGGUGAUUCAAACAAAUAUAAUCUCAAAUUGAAAGCAACACUUGCUAAAAUCGAGGGCAAUGAAGAUUGACUUUCGUAGGAGCAACUCUUUUUUUUCUAAUUGUCUCACGCAACUUUAUUAAUAGUAUCAGUUAUGGUUUUUUUGUGUCAUUAUCAUUAUCAACACCUUCAUCAACAUCGCCAUUCAAAUGAAACAACACACCAUAAUUUAUCACCCUAUUGGCCAUGAUUAUGCAUAUUACCGUUACCAUCAUCGGUUAACUGACAAUAUCUUUCAUUAGGAAAACAAUUUCCCCUUUUUUCAAUUCAUCAUCAUUUAAUUGUCUUGUCAUCUUUUUAAAUCAUCUUUUUUUCAAGUGUUUCAAAUAUUUAAAUUGAAUGUUAAUGACGAUGACAAUGCUCGGGACCGGCUUUUUUCCACCACUUUUCCUCCACAUUUUUCAACACUUUUUUCACCAUAUUGUCCACCACUUCUGGUAUAUGAUGGCGAUAUGGAUGUGUUAGAUUUGGAUGGUGGACAAUAUGUUGGCAAGAUGGUGAAAAGACGGUAAAAAGAGGUCGAUGUGGUGAACAAACCGAUCCCCAAUACUCUACAAUGGAAAUUGAAUCAAAAAAGUACAAGAAAACGAAAGUACAUUCAAGACAAAUUACACAAAAUUUAAUAAUUCUCAACCGAACGCAACACAUCCAUUGUUAAAAAAUUUUUUGGUUUAUUUUUCGUUUCAUUAAGCAACUAAAGUUGGAAUUGAAUUAAUGAAUGGAACUAAGUGGCAAUUUUGGAGCUGCCUUUGAUGGUUAAAAUUAAUUCAAAGCUUUUACUGACGUUUUCAUUUCAAUACAAUCGUCAUCACAAAAUUUUACCACAAAACUGUUUACAAAGAGUGAUGCAAGUGCAUUUAUGUUUAUAUCAUCCUUGUUUUCUUCCGGUUACAAUCAAGUUUUUUAAUGUUUAAAUGUGAAAUGAGAAGCAUAAAGUUCCAUCAUACUCGUUUUACAAAGAAAACAUCUGUUUGUUUUUAAAUAAAAACCAAUAAAAUUUUGUUUGUUUCACUUUUU